GAUAGGCCCAUCCAGGAAAUCAAUCUCUUCAACUCAAUCCUGAAAACCCCUUUUGGUGCCAUAAUUCUUUCUUCCCCCGCCGCUCUCUUUCUUGUUAAGAGCCCGAAGAACAAUAUCUUAGGGUUCUCCCUCAUCAGCUCCAAUGGGAAAAGGAACCGGGAGUUUUGGUAAACGAAGGAACAAGACCCACACUCUUUGUGUGAGAUGCGGCCGCCGCAGCUUUCAUCUCCAGAAGAGCCGUUGUAGUGCUUGUGCUUUCCCUGCUGCUCGUAAGAGGAAAUAUAACUGGAGUGUUAAGGCAAUCCGAAGAAAGACCACUGGGACUGGUAGGAUGAGGUAUCUUCGCCACGUUCCUCGCAGGUUCAAGACCGGUUUCAGAGAAGGUACUGAAGCAGCACCGAGGAAGAAGGUUGCAGCUGUUUCUUCAGCUUAAAUUGCAAUGAGUUUAUUUAGAUGAAUCCAUCUUUUUUGAGAAUUUUCGUUGGGAACAUUACUUGAGAAAGUGUCGUUUUGUUAUGUUGGAUGCAUUAUUGUUUUUAGUUUCUAUUUUUUUAUGUUAGCUGCUUAGGCUAUUGGUGUUCGA